GUCUAGGCUACUGGAGGGAAUAAUUAGGUUUCUAUGGGCAGCGCGUACUGUGUGUGUGAGAGUGUGUGUAUGUGUGAUGCUGGUGGUAACCGAUGACUAAAUACCUUAAAAUAUGAAUAUAAACCUCUGAAGACGCCGCGUUUAUUUGACAUAAACCUCUGAAGACGCUGCGGUUAUUGGAACAGCGACGGAAGGAGGCCGCCGUGAGUCUCCCGUCUUGCAGGCCGCGGAGGGCGUCGUGUUGUUGGGAGGAGACGCUCUGCAUCCCCGCCUAGCUGCUAGCCUAGCCGCUAGCCUCGCUGCUACGAUGCGCUGCCGCCUCUGCCCGUCUGCUCUUGUGCACAGCGAGCCGCUGCGGGUAGCAGGGCCGGCCCUGAGCUAGUCGCCGACCCCCCCGCUGUGUGAGGGGAGAAGAGGAGACCCGUCCCGCCACUCGGACAGGAUGGACCUUGAUUUAUGUGCCGGAGGGGACAGCACCCGUCGAAAAAUGGAUUUGUCUGCGGUCGCAGAGGGCAGCAUCGAGGUGGUACCGUUGGAGAUGUACGAUUCUGCCAGGGCGAAGAUAGAUGCCAAUCUACGCUGGCUGUUUGCGAAAGCCUACGGCAUUGACCACAUCCCGGAGGACCUGCGCGACCCCUUCUACACGGACCAGUACGACCAGGAGCACAUCAAGCCCCCGGUGCUGCGGCUGCUGCUGUCCUGCGAGCUGUACUGCCGCGUGUGCUCGCUGAUCCUGAAGACGGAGCAGGCGUCGGCGCUGCAGUCCCACCUCUGCGUCCUCCAGGCCCUGUCCCGCAAGGGCCUGUACGUGGUGGAGAGCGACGACACGCCCGUCACCGACGGGGACCUCGCCUCCAUGCCCAUCAAAAUGAGUUCCCACAUGCCGAUGAUCGACGCCCUGAUGAUGGCCUACACGGUGGAGAUGAUCAGCAUCGAGAAGGUGGUGGCCUCCGUCAAGCGCUUCUCCACCUUCAGUGCCUCCAAGGAGCUGCCCUUCGACCUGGAGGACGCCAUGUUGUUCUGGAUCAACAAGGUGAACAUGAAGAUGAGGGAGUACACAGAAAGGGAGCACAAAGUCAAGCAGCACCCGCUGGAGUCCCCCGGCCAUCAGAAGGUGCGGUACCGCCGGGAGCACGGAGGCGGUCGCCUGCUGCCCUUCUUCCCCGUCAUGGAGGACCUGAUGAAGGACGUGUGCGACGGUGCGGCGCUGCUCUCCGUGGUCCACUACUACUGCCCCGACGUCAUGAAGCUAGAGGACAUCUGCCUGAAGGAGGUGACCUCGAUGGCCGACAGCCUCUACAACCUCCAGCUGCUCAAAGAGUUCUCCAGCGAGUAUCUGAACAAGAGCUUCUACCUGUCCCAGGAGGACAUGCUGUACUCGCCGCUGGUGCUGAAGCACAACGUGAUGGUGUUCAUCGCGGAGCUCUUCUGGUGGUUUGAGACGGUCAAACCCGAGUUUGUCCAACCCAAGCACCUGCAGGAGUUCAAGGAUGCUCAAGCCCUGGCUCAGCCCAAGUGCUCUCGUCCCACCGUCCCCAUCUCCAACGCCACCAAGCGUAGCUUCCUGGCCAGCCCCGGCAUAGCCGAGUCCCAGAGCAACCCUGAGGCCUGCAGCCGCUACUUCCUGCACCCUGAGGAGUCUGACCCCAUGAAGGGCAGCGCAUCGUUCAGCCCCUCCCACCCGCUGCUCCCUCUCAGACAGAGGCAGCAGAAGACGCAGGCCGAUGAAGGGGGAGGUCUGAGGAACCGGUCCAACUCUCUGACGCAGAUGGAGGGACCGCCCCGAGGCUCCGUCAUCGCCUGGCCGGACAAGAGACAGAGGCCGAUGUCCAGCCUCAACCCCUACCUGAUGGACGGCGAGGCGGACCUGGCGUCGGGCGACAGCGUGAGCCUGGCGCGCUCCAUCAGCAAGGACAGCCUGGCCUCCAACAUCCUCAACGUCACGCCCAAGCACCAGGCCGCCGGGCUCCACCCCCAGCCCGGGCACCACCCCAUGCAGGGGCUCCACUCCCAGCCCCCCCGCCGGGUCAACGGCCACGGCCUCCUGGGCAACGUCCACAUGGACGACGAGGACGACGAGGACGGCCUGCCGGCGGGGGUCCGGCCCCACGUGGCCCCGGCCCCCCGGGGGGUCGAGGUCCGGCCCCCCCCCGCGGAGUCCGACCCCGAGGCGGACGGCUUCUUCCUGGAGCCCCUGACGCCGGCGGUGCUGCGGCCCGCCAAGGAGAAGUCGGUGUGCCUGAACAAGGAGGACGAGUGCGGGGAGGGUCCGCGGCCGUCCGGGAGGGGCUCGCUGCGCCGGGGCGACGCCCCCUCCUCGGCCGUGAGGAGAAAAACCCCCUCGCUCCUCAACCGCACCUUCGCCUCGGGGGAGGAGGACCCCCCGCCGCCGCCGGAGCCCCCCCAGGGUGCCGCCGCUGCUCCGGACCCCCAGACCAGGGGGCAGCGCUCCUCGGGCUUCUUCCUUCACGUGGACAGCGUGGAGGACGAGGCGGCGCCGGGGCCGGAGCCGGAGCCGGAGCGAGACCCCCCCGCGGACGAGGACGAUGACGAGGACCUGGACGAGGCCCUCACCACCAAGGACCCCCACUGGCAGAGGAAGGCCUUCUCCGACGAGGAGGAGGAGUCGGCCAAGCUGCGGGAGGACAUGAAGGUGAAGGAGCACGUGGACAAGGAGGACAAGGAGGCGGGCGGCGGCAGCGGGCGCUCCAGCCCCUGCCUCAGCAACCACUCGCAGGCCAGCAGCGUGGCCAGCUGCAGCGUGCGCAUGACCUCCUUCGCCGAGCGCCGCGCCCACCACCAGCGCUUCGGCAGCAACCACGACCUGCGCUCCAGCGCCUCCAGCUCCCAGAGGACCACGCCCGACGGCUCCGAGUGCAGCGGGCCCCUGGCCUCCUCCUGGAGGAUGAAGCGGGACCAGAGCCCCUCGUCCCCCCUGGGGGCCCGCGGUGGCGGGGAGGGCGGCGGCGGCGGCGGCGGCGCCAACAUGCUGGCGUCGGAGCUGGUGCAGCUCCACAUGCAGCUGGAGGAGAAGCGGCGGGCCAUCGAGCACCAGAAGAAGAAGAUGGAGAUGCUGUCGGCGCGGCAGCGGCAGAAGCUGGGCAAGGCAGCGUUCCUGCACAUCGUCAAGAAGGGCGGCGGCGGCAGGAGCGACACGCUGCCCAACCCGCUCAAGGCGGACUUCUCCAAGGACGACGUGAACGGGGGGAAGGACGCAGCGUCCAAGGACGACUUCUGCGUGGAAGCCCUGAGGGCGGAGAAGGAGGCGGAGCCGUCCCCCCCGCCGCCGGUCGCCCUGGAGACGGAGAAGAAGGGCGGCAACGGGGGCUUCCACCCGGAGGAGGAGCUGGACCUGAACGAGUGCAACCGUUCCAUCGAGCUGCUGAACGACGCCAUCGGCAGCAUCCAGCAGCAGAUGAUGCAGCUGUCCUUCCAGCAGGAGAUGCUUAUGAAGCAGAACGUGACGGCGCUCCCCGCGGCCGGCCUCCCGCCGCCCGCCGCCGACCCCAACGUCCGCGCCGCCGUGCACUACGUGGAGGCCACGGGCGCCGCCCCCGUCAUGAGGAAGCCCCCCAAGCUGUCCUCCGCCCGUGGCCCCAGGACCAAGCCGUCGGAGCUCAAGAUCGCCAAGGAGACGAGCCGCCCGGCCUCCCGGACCCACGGCCAGAGCGCGGCGGCGGAGAGCCCUUCCAACGCGAGGCCCACCCCCGGGGGGCGGUCCCCCAGGCCCCCCCGACAGCCCCCGGACCCCCCCGCCGCCGCCGCCCUGGAGCCCUCCCACCGGCCGGGCGCUGGCCACCAGCGGAGCGCGUCCUUCCGGCUCAACGACGAGGACAACAUGCGCCAGCCCACCCGGCUGGACCCCGCGGCGCUGGCCGCCUCGGAGGUGUCCUCCUCCUCCUGCGACGAGGGCCCCCCCGGGCCCCCGGAGCCGGACGCCGCCGAGGGCCGGCAGAGGGAGAGGGCGGAGGAGCUCCAGCGCAGCAGGGCCCCCCUGAUCGAGGUGGACCUGUCGGGGCUCGGGGACCCGGAGGAGGAGGGCGGGGCGCCCGACGUCUCGGUGGACGGCCUGGACGGGGAGCAGAAGGCCGUCCUGGGCUUCUUCUUCAAGGACGAGCAGAAGGCGGAGGACGAGCUGGCCAAGAAGCGUGCCGCCUUCCUGCUGAAGCAGCAGAAGAAGGCCGAGGAGGCACGCCUCCGCAAGUACCAGCUGGAGGCGGAGUCUGAGCUGAAGAGAGAGGAAGCAAGGCGGAAGGCGGACGAGGACCAGCGGAAGAAGGAGGAGGAGAAGACACGGCGGGAGCUGAUCAAGCAGGAGUACCUGAGGCGCAAGCAGCAGGAGCUCCUCGAGGAGCAGGGCCUGGCCCGACCCAAGCUCCCCAAGCUCCCCAAGACCCCCAAGCCCAAGCAGAAGGCCCGGCCCAAGUCCAUCUUCAGGGAGGAGUCGGCCAGCGACAAGUGCUCUUCCUCCAUGCCUGACAACCUGAUCAGCGCCCAGUCGGGCUCCAGUCUGUCCCUGGCCUCGGCCGCCACCAACGAGGCCGACAGCGUCAACUCUGGAGGGGCCGGCUCCCAACGCUGUGACUCGGUGGAAUCAUUCCCUGGCAGCCGCAACCCCAGUCGCAUGGCGGAGAGGGACUGGGACAACGGCUCCACCGCCUCCUCCAUCACCUCCAUGGCCGAGUACACUGGUCCCAAGCUGUUCAAGGAGCCCAGCGCCAAGUCCAACAAGGCCAUCAUCCACAACGCCAUCUCCCACUGCUGCCUGGCAGGGAAGGUCAACGAGCCCCAGAAGAACCAGAUCCUGGAGGAGCUUGAGCGCAGCGACUCCAACCACCUGUUGAUCCUGUUCCGGGACGGCGGCUGCCAGUUCCGCUCGCUCUACACCUUCGUCCCCGACACGGAGGAGAUGCACAAGCUGACGGGCUCGGGGCCCAAGAGCAUCACCAAGAAGAUGAUCGACAAGAUGUACAAGUACAGCUCGGACCGCAAGCAGUUCACCGCCAUCCCCGCCAAGACGGUGUCGGUGAGCGUGGACGCCCUCACCAUCCACAACCACCUGUGGCAGGCCAAGAGGGGCACCGUGCCAAAGAAGAGCGCCAAAUAGCAAGGCCCGGGGCCCGGGCGCUGGCCCCCUUACUCCUCCUCCUCCUCCUCCUCCUGCUGACCCUCCCUCUCUACUCUGCUUGUUCCCUGGAUUGGCCGCAGCCCCCCGGCUCAGUGGACCACCGCCCUGGGCCUGGCACUCGCCCUCCAGGGGUCUGCACGUAUGGGCCGUGCGAAAAAUCCCAUAGGUGUUAAAGACAGUGACGGAUGACGUAGUUGUGCGUGCGUGCGUGUGUGUGUGUGUGUGUGUGGUCGCUUGUGUGUGUGCGUGUGUGUUUCGUCAAGGGGUCGGUGCUCAUGAAAGGGAAUGCCAUUUAAAUUGCGAUUCACCGUCUCCUCGACGUCCGUGUCGAGACGACUCGUUUUUUUCUACCGCGACCGCAAAUCAAGCAUGUGGCAUUUGUUUCUUUAACGCUCAUGUGUGGACAUUACUUUUUGUACUUGGAGUACGUGUUGGUUUUGGCAUCAUCGUCACGGUCGGCCGGACGGAUGCAGAGCUGCAGCCAUCUUUAACCCCUCAUCUCCCCAUCUCCCCCGUCUCUCGGACUCACGGGGUUGAAUAUUCCACCUCCUGCCGAGAAGGAUUGAGAGGGAGAGAGUGGCUCCGCGUGACCCUGUCUGUCUGAGUUUCUGGGAGCUGUCGACGUCCGUUAUCGAGGCGUUUUGCUGGUUCUACAGCGCGAACACCACCACCGUACCCGGAGAGAGAGGGAGCCCCCGGACCUUCCACUCGGCUGGCAUUACCACUUUUGCCUCGCUGGGGGUCUUCGAACCUGCUGCUCAGAACGUUGUUUUUCAGUGUCUGGGGUCGCCCUUUAGACAUACGUUGGCCUUUUCACGCAUCAUCGUGGUUCUGUCGUCUAUUUAUUCACCCGCCUUUUAACGCACGCUGAACAUGUAGCCCGGGCUGUGUUGAGGACCAUUUCCAGGUCGCUCAUGUUGGACACACACUACGCUUUAUUUGUUGACACCUCGCUGUUGGCGAGGGUUGAGUGGUAGGCUUUGGUACAAAGAAAUGAUGCUGUUUUUAAUUGGUGUUUAGGUUGGUUUCUAUUCUUUCUGUGUAGUGGAGUUCCAGCGGCAGUCUUUUGUUCCUCCAUAACGGCGCCUCUCUGACGUCUAGAGCUUCGACGUGUUCCGUCUCCCCUCGGCACUUGAAUUGUAAUCAUAAACACAUCGUGUCAAUGGCUUUUCCCCAUGCAGUGUAUACUUAUGCCCCAAAAAUACUCCCCGCCCCAAUACCCUGACCCCACUCCAUCUGACACCCAGCCACCCCUACCCCACCUACCCCACCCACCCACCCACCCUACCGACCACACCCACCCCACCAACCUACCAACCCCACCCAGCCACCCCACCAACCUACCAACCACUCCCACCUGCGAGAUGCAGAGUGUGCAACGCUCCAUCAUCACCAUGUCGGGUUCUUCUAUAAAGGGAUGUACCAUGUGUUGUGAGGACAGGGCUGUACCAUGUGUUGUAACCACGGGGGUGUUGCCUGCUCGGUGGGUUACUUACCAACAUUAAAGAACAUUCCUCAAGGUGUGGUCAA